GAAUAGAGAAAACCAGAAUAAACCAAAGAAAAUGGCAAGUGUAGAUUUCGUGCCCUUCCUGGCCAUGGUGAUCGUGCAAGUGGGUUAUGCGGGAAUGAACAUCACGUCGAAGCUCGCCAUGGAUAGCGGGAUGAACCCUUUCGUGCUAGUCACCUAUCGCCAGAUCUUCGCCACCCUUGCCACCUUCCCUUUUGCUCAUUUCAUGGAGAGGAAGACAAGACCCAAAAUCACAGUCCCAAUCUUGCUCCAAAUCUUUCUAUGUUCUAUCACCGGGGCGUUCAUGAACCAAGUGUUCUAUUUCAUCGGCUUGAACAAUUCCACGCCCACAAUCGCGUGCGCGCUGGGAAAUAUCCUCCCGGCCGUGACAUUUGUGUUCGCGCUGAUCUUCAGACAAGAAUCGCUUGGAAUCAAGUCGAAGGCAGGGCAGGUGAAAGUGAUCGGGACGCUUGUUAGUGUUGGCGGAGCGAUGCUACUUUCCUUUUACCAUGGACCCUAUAUCGGGAUCGGUCACUCGAGGAUUCAUUGGACAUAUGCAGAGAGAAUGACAGACAAACACCCUACCAACAAAAGCAACUUCUUGUUGGGACCAGUUCUUCUCUUCACUAGCUCUGCUGCCUGGGCACUGUGGUUCAUCAUCCAAGCGAAACUGAGUACUAAGUUUCCAGCUCCUUACACUACCACAACAUUAAUGUCUCUCAUGGCCAGCAUCGAGUGUGCAGUCGUUGGUGUAGCUGUUGAACACCGUGUCGCUGCAUGGUCGUUGGGAUCUGGAAUCCGGCUAAUCUCAGCUAUUUAUGCGGGUUGCAUAUGUUCGGCCCUGGCAUUUUGUGUUAUGUCCUGGUGCAUCGAAAGAAAGGGUCCUCUAUACACCGCGGUCUUCAGCCCUUUGUUGCUAGUAAUCACGGCCAUCCUGAGCUGGGCACUUCUUCAAGAGAAAUUGUCUGUCGGAACAUUGGUGGGGUCUACAUUGAUCAUUGCUGGGCUCUACUCUGUCCUAUGGGGAAAGGAUAAAGAGGCAAAACAAGCAAAGAUCGCUGAGGAGAUGGAAGCAGCAGUGAAGUGUGGAGAGAAAGAAGACUUGGAGAUGCAGCUUCAGGAACACAGAAACGGCAGCAACGUUCAAUAUGAUCACAAUUGAGUAUUAUCCAUACAAGAAGACAUCCAAUUUUUUUUUUGUAUGUUUUGGUCGAAGAAGACCAUACAAUUUAACUUUCUCGUUUGUGUACCAACAAAGUUUUGCUGCUGUUUCGCUAGUUCUCAGGCAUCUGAUCAUGUUUAUGCAUCUUCUGCUUCUUUUUAGGUUCCAAGUCUCUGUCAAGCUUAGCUCUUAUGCAAACCCAAGGAGCUUUAUAUAUGUAUCUUGCAUGAAGAAAUAGCCCGCUAUAAAAUUUAUGAAAGAAUCAACUCUAGUUGCUGCAA